UUCUCUUCUCUCAAAAAGUUGCUAAUUUUUAUAAAAACUAAAUUUUAAAAUAGACACUCACUCUAAAUGUAACGGUUUCUUUGCUAUCCAUAGGCAUUGGCGUUGCCAGACUGUCUCAGUCGUCAAUGGCAACCGUUAAAAAUGACAAACACAACGCAUUAGUUUAAUUUUUUUCACUUUCUGUGCAAUGCGCUUGCCGCAGAUUUUUCACAGCCUGCACAAGCGUCUUCAAAAAAUGUUUGAGAAAAGUAACGAGGGUGGCGAAAGUGCCACGCCCAGCAUUCAGGACAUUGCCGGUCGGCUGGCGGAGGAGCAACAGCGGCUCCGUCAACUGGAGGCCACCACGAUGCCCAAGGAACGAACCCUUCUUUUCCUGGGCAGCAAAUGUGUGGGUAAGACGACGGCUAUCAAUAAGUUUUUCGAUCGCGAGGAACACGCAACGCGUCCAACUCUUGCACUGGAAUAUAGUUUUGGUCGGCGAAUUGGGAGUGGCAAGUCGCCUCAAGUGAUGAAUGUCUGGGAACUGGGAUCCCUGGACAAUGCCGAGCAAUUGCUGGAGGUUCCCAUGAGGACACAUGGUCUGCAGCAACUAGCCGUCUUUAUAAUGCUGGAUCUGUCGCAGCCACAGCGAUUUUGGACUGACUUGGAGUGUGCCUACAAGGGAUUGAGAGAUACGGCGCAACAAUUGAUGCAGAACUCUACAGCGGAUCUCAGAGAAAUCCUUGAACAACGAGCCAUGGAGCGAGUGGGUCAACAUAACCAGGAGGAUCUGGGAAACCUCGAACCGUUGCCCUUUCCAGUGGUAAUUGUUGGUGGGAAGUACGAUGUAUUUGCUGGUCUUGAUCCAACUAUCAGAAAACACACCUGUCGCUGCCUGCGAUCCAUGGCCCAUCUCAUUGGUGGCGCCUUGCUGUUCUACUCCCAGCGGAUGCCCAAACUGGCCAAGGUCCUAAGAGACACCAUCAGCCACCUGGGUUUCGGCAGUCCAGCCCAUCCAUUCCGCUCCCAUGUGACGGAUUUCAAUGAACCACUUUGCAUUUGGUUCGGAACGGACAGUUGGUCGAAAAUUGGAGAAACAGGAGCUCCAAGUGUGGAGCACAUUGGAGCCACCUUCGGGGUGGAAGUGCCACAGCUGCAGUUGGAGAAACAGCAGCUACAGGAAACCCCAGAUCCGUCCAAGGAUCCCGGCUUCAAGGAGUCCCUCAUCGAUGAGAUGCGUUCGCAAAAGAACGAGGAACUCGCUGGUAUAAUGAGGGACGUUCUUCUCCGCGGAAAGUUUGAGAGUAUUAAAAAUUAAGAAAAUAAUGGGAUAAAUAUUGUGUACCUCAAAGUAUUAAAUAAUAUGAAAAAUAAAACUAAAAGCAGUCAUUGUUGAAGCAAUAUAAAA